UUCAAUUCCGUCAAAAGAUGCCUGGACUCAACGAGCAAAACAACGAGAGCUACAGUUACCUGAGGAGUGUCGGAAACGACUGGCAGUACAACGUUGAGGACGUUCACCCAAAGAUGCUCCAACGACUCUACAAGAGAUUCGACACCUUCGACCUCGACAGUGACGGCAAGAUGAUGAUGGAAGAGAUCCUCUACUGGCCCGACAGGAUGAGGCAGUUGGUCAACGCUACUGACGAACAGGUCGAGAAUAUGAGAGAGGCUGUCCACAUUUUCUUCCUCAACAAAGGAGUACAUCCAGAGACCGGCCUGACUCGAGAGGACUGGGUAGAGGCCAACAGGGUCUUCGCUGAGGCCGAGAGAGAAAGGGGACGACGUGGUGAACCCUCCAUGAUUGCCCUACUCUCCAACGCCUACUACGAUGUCCUGGAUGAUGACGGUGAUGGUACCGUCGAUAUUGCAGAGCUUAAGACCAUGAUGAAAGCCUUUGAUGUGCCCCAAGAGGCUGCUUAUACCUUCUUCGAGAAGGCUGACACUGACAAGAGUGGACGACUGGAACGAUCAGAGCUGGUGCAUCUUUUCAGAAAGUUCUGGAUGGAGCCCUACGAUCCCCAGUGGGAUGGUGUUUACGGAUACAAAUACUGA